GUGUUGCAGUGAGUGUGGCGGGUUAAUGUAAAGUUUACGGAAGCUAAAAGAUAUGCUUACUGAAAGAUCUACAUACUGAUAUGUUUGUUGUUUAUUUGUAUUCAAUCGCGAUCGGCUUCAAAUGACACGGAUGUAUUUAUGGAAUAUCACAGACGCGUGUCGGCGAUGAAGAAAAGGUGGUGUUUUGCUAAUUAGCAGUUAGCAAUAAGCGCUACCUUGUUUCUGGGUUAGCUAGCUUCCAGAGCCCCGUCGAGAGAUGAGUCUCACACGGGAGAUAAAACAACUGCGGAAAGCAAAGAGUAAAGCGCAAAACAGCAACAACAUCAGAGAAGAGUCGAACAUCUGCAACCAGCUCGGGGCUCUGCUGUCCAGACACGGUGAUUAUGAAGCUGCGCUGAGAGAGCACCAGCAGGAGUUGGCUCUCUGUGAAGCCAUCAGCGAUGUGAUUGGACAAGCCGUGGCCAAUCGAAAGAUUGGAGAGUGUUUGACAGAGAUGGGAAACAUCGAGGAUGCUUUGAAACAUCAGCGACGUCACCUGGACCUGGCUCGCUUGGUUAAAGAUCACAUCGAGGAGCAGAGAGCGCUGGCCACUAUCGGCCGGACCUUCCUCUAUUGUUACGAAUCGGACAAAUCAAGGAACAUUUUAGAGCAAGCCGAGGAGGCUUUCAGGAAGAGUCUGGCCAUCGUGGAUGACCGUCUGGAAGGAACAGUGUCGGAGCGAGAGAUUGGCGAGAUGAGGGCGCGUCUCUCCCUAAAUCUUGGUUUGACGUAUGGUUAUAUGGGGGACCCCAAGCGUGCCACCGAAUUUAUCAGACGCAGUACAUUUAUUGCAGAGAAGAGCCAGCUGCUAGAAGACCUCUUCCGUGCUAAUUUCCACUUGGGCGAUAUGUGCUUCCGUAAUGGGCAGCACUCUAACGCAAUGCGCUGCCUGGAACAGGCCAAAGAAUGCGCCAGAAAAAUGAAAGACAAGUUCAGCGAGAGCGAGUGCUUUUACUGGAUCGGCAAGGUGAAGCUGUCUCUGGGGGAUUUUGUGGCAGCUCGACGAUCUUUUAAGAAGGCUCUCUUACUGGGUUCCCAGCACCCGCAGGAAAGACAGGCAACAAAGAAGGCUUUCCAAAAUGCGGACAAGGGCUGUAAAUUAGAAGAAGAGUUGGGGGAUGAUCUCAUCAAAGGGUUGAAGUCCCAUGAGGCCGUGGGGCUGGCAGAGCAGCUCGGAGACCUCUACUGUAAAGUUGACUGCUACAGCAAAGCUUUGGAUGUAUAUCAGGCGCAGCUGGCUGGUGCAGAGGCUUUGGGGAAGCCUGCCAGAGAACUGGCUGUCAUCCACGUGUCCCUGGCUGAAACCUUCAAAGACCUGAAACAGUACAACAAAACGGUGGAGCACUACAGACAGGAGCUGGCCUUCCGACAGGGCAACCUUACCGAGGAGUGUACCACGUGGCUGAACAUCGCGGCGGCCCAGGAGGACAGCUGCUGUGCCUCUGAGGACAUCGACGGCAGCUACAGCAUGGCCCUGAGCUGCGCUCAGAGAUCUGGAAGUGCGACGCUGCAGAAGCGUGUGCUGAGACUUUGUCUGGUGGCUCAGAGGCGGACCGGCUCACUGAAUGCUGAUGACACUGAGGCGAAACUACUGGAGCUGUGUGUGUCAGAAGGCUGGAGUGUGGAUGGGAGUGACGACGAAGAGGAUGAGAGGGAAGAGAUGGACAACAGUGAACCUAUGGAGGACAGCGACAUCACCCUCUCAGACUCAGAUGAUGACCUGGAGGGUUAUGACAAAAUCGUGUCAGGGAGGAGGAAAGUGGGAAGGUGGAACAGGAAAAAUGAGAAGGGUGAGACGUCACUCCACAGAGCAUGUAUAGAUGGGAACCUGAAGCAGGUCCAGUAUCUGGUGGAACAGGGUCACCCGGUGAAUCCCAGGGACUACUGUGGCUGGACACCCCUCCAUGAAGCCUGCAACUACGGACACUAUGACAUUGUAGCCUUCUUGCUGGAGCGUGGCGCAAACAUCAAUGAUGCUGGUGGCUCCUUAUGUGAAGGAGUCACUCCUCUCCAUGAUGCGCUCACUUGCGGCAACUUCAAAGUGGCUCAACUCUUGGUGGAACGCGGGGCGUCUGUCACCUUGCGUAACUCGAAGGGUGAAACCGCCAUGGACACCUUGCGCAUGUGGCGGAGGAUGUAUAGCAGAGAGCUGGAUGAGGACACUAAGCAGGAAUGCACAGCUACAGAGAAACUUCUGAGGAAGGCACUGGCAGGAGGAGUGCCUGCUGCUCCAGCGCCAGCCAAGCCAUUUGAUGCCCUGCAGGACAGCCAGCUGUUUGAUGCAGAAAAUUCAGAGCCUUUGAUGUCCUCUGGAGGGGGUUGUUCCUCCAACCACGAUGGGCCCAGGAACAGGAGGACCUCUGAGGCAAACGCAGUGUCUGCCAGCCCCAAACGGUGGAAGUGUAAUGGCUCAUCACAGCGGCACAGAGCCAGAGGAACAGACGCUGCCGUUCUCUAUGGGACUGAGAGCACGAGCUCAGAUGAAAGCGACUCCGACUGUUCAGUCAGUCCUCUGCGUCCCGUCCGCCUGAGACCCAGUUUCCCAGCAGAUUCAAGCCAAAAGGAAGCCCCCCAAAACAAAGCAGGGAACUCAAACCAUAACUGUGUUUGGGAAAAUGUCGCAGACCCUAGUGUGCCGUCUGUUUUUGCUCGGGAGGAGUACCACAAUGCUGUUCGUGGCUUGGGCAGUGCGAAAACUCUUUUUCAAUGUUCGUCACAACCGCAGUUUUCCAGCACACCUGCAGCGUCAUCCACUACCACAUCGGCACUGGUUCCUGAGGAGUAUCUGGCUGAUGAUUGGUUGGAGGAUGACUUCGGGGAAAUCCAACCUAAGAAGAAGAGGUUACGAGAGGAGGAGACUGACAUGAGAGCAGAGACCGCUGCUUCGUCUUUUGCAGCCAGACAUUACUGUCAUCCAGAUAUCCGAAGUUCUGCAGGUCCUUCAUCUUCCAGUAGAGGUCGUUCUCUGAAAAACAGUGGCUCAUUGAAGCGUCACCAAGUCAAAAUGACUCAGAUGCCUGGAAUGGUCAGACUGGGUAGACGAGAGGUCAGCAGGUCACACAGUCCCACCUUUACAGACGACAACUACGACACGAGAUCUGAGACGCCUUCGCCACAACCACAAGUACUAACACAGGGUCCAGCUCAAGCAUUGGCUGCUCCCAUUCCCACAUCCCUUCCUACUCCAAUCAGAUUGAGGGUCAGAGUUCAGGAAGAUGUCUUUCUCAUCCCAAUUCCACAAAGUGAGGCAGACUCGUGCACCGUGUCGUGGCUGUGCCAACAGGCAGCUCAGCGGUUUUACCAGAAGUGUGGCCUCCUGCCGCGCCUCUCUCUGCAGAAGGAAGGUGCUCUCCUUUCACCUCACGACUUGCUGCUUGCCGUCCUGCACAGUAACGAAGAGGUGCUUGCUGAAGUGUGUUCCUGGGAUCUGCCUCCUCUGCCGGAGCGCUACAAGAAGGCCUGUGACAGCCUGGCAGUAGGUGAGGAAUGCAUGCGCACACACAUGCACACACACAAAGGUGCACGUCUACAUGGCGUGAUAAUACAUCUGAGAUGCGUUUUCUUUGUCAUGACGGUUGCAGAUGAGAACAAGCGUGUCACCCACCUGUGUGAGGUGCAUGAUGGGAGUUCCUCCAUGGCAGUGUGCAGCCUCGGCUUGGCGCCAUCUUCUCUCCACCCACUCCUUCGAGCCCUGAAGCUGCAGGCCAGCCUCACCGAGCUGCAGAUUUGUGGCAACCGUCUCCAUGACGACCUUCUUCCUGAACUGGUUGCCGCAACAGCCACCAUGCCUCAUCUUCGCUUGCUCAACAUCUCUGCCAAUCAUAUUACAGGGGAGGGGCUGGAGAAAGCAGCGAAUGCUUUAAAGGGACAAAGCCAUCCUGUGUUCCCGUGCCUGGAGGAGCUUGACCUCAGCUUGAACCCACUAGGUGACUGUGUAGCUGAAUCUCUGUCCUGUUUGCUGUCCUGCUGCCCUCUGCUGGCCACACUGUCUCUGCAGGCGUGUGGCCUCACCGCUCGAUUUCUUCAGCAGCAUCGACUACUGCUGGCCGACGCUUUAGCAGGCACAGGUCACCUGAAGUCCGUUAGUCUAUCCCACAAUACACUGGGCUCAACCGGCUUCGAGCUCCUGUUAAAGACGCUGCCGCUGCACUGUCUCACACACCUCGACCUGUCUGCAGUCCGCAGAGGGUCUGAUGCCCCGGCGCUGGAACACAUCGCCAAAGUUGUAUCUCAGGGUGGAUGUUCACUGACACACUUGAGCCUGGCAGCAAACGGCUUGACAGACAGCAGUGUCACCACACUGGCCAGGUCCCUGCCUUUCUGUCCAACUCUAGUGAGUCUGAACCUAUCAGGGAAUCCAUCUGUUACCUCAGAAGGGCUUCACAGCAUCUUGAUCUCCCUCAGAGAGGCUUCUCGACCUUUGAAACUCCUGAACCUCCAAGGUUGUCGAAUAUCUGGACCCUGGAACAGCACCGAUCUGGAGGGUUUAUCAGACCAAGUCAGAGAUCUCCGCCUCUGUUCACAGGGACUCAACAAACUGGACCGUCAGGCUUUAAAACAGAAUCUGGACCACCAGAACUCACUCAUCUUAGACCGAAACACUAAAUGCUUCUUGUCUUCUUCCGCCUCUUCGUGAAGACUGUCUUCUCCUCAUCCCUUCACAUACAGAAAACCUCAGGAUGAUGGCAGGUCUUUGUUUUUGCUGUCCCAGUGUGUGCCGUAUUUAAGCCUGCACACAGCUUUUAGUGUCAGAGAACGAUCCUUUUUAAGGCCCCAUUAGCACAUAUCUGCAAAUGGAUCAACAUACUGCCUGAAACAAAAACAGCUGCUAACAGUAUAUCUGUGGACUUGGUUUAUAUGGAAUUAGAGUCAUAUCUGUUGUGCGUCUUAUCUGUGUAGCAUGUAAAGAGAAAAAUGUUUGUGUUUUGAUUUAAAGUAAUUAUAAUUAAAGCAACUGAUUAUUGGUU